CGACCAACCUCUUCCCAAUAUAACGACCACCACCAUCACAACAACCAUGGCCAUCACCGUCACCAUCACCACCACCGUCGAUGACUUCGGUUACAAGGGACAGCAACCUUCCAACCGCUCCCGUUCCCAAUCAUAACCGCUACUCUGCAUCUUCCACAACCCCAGAACUCCAAGAACCAUGGCAGGAGAAGAUUCCAGAGAGAAAUCUCUCUCCAGAUUCUUCUCUUCUGCUGUCAUCAUUGCUCUGUUCCUCCUCUUUCUCUCUUCUGUCGAGAAGAUCGCCGUGAAUGCACAGACGGACAGUUGCAAUUUGGAUCUGAGCAGCUUCCUUCCAUCUCCUUUCAACGUCUCUUCCGAUCUGAUCUGUAGGCGUGUUUGGAACAAUUUCGUCCUGCGGUACUCCCAGAGCACAGAUGGUGCUUUGAGAAUUGUAUUAUCCACCGUAUACACCAGUGGAUGGGUUGGAAUGGGAUUCUCAAAGGAUGGAAUGAUGGUGGGUUCCAGUGCCAUGGUGGGUUGGAUUGCUAAAGAUGGCAAAGCAAAUAUUAAACAAUACCUUUUGAGUGGUACAUCUCCAUUGCAAGUGAUAGCGGAUAAGGGCCAAUUGCAAGCAACUAGUCCACCUGUUGUUGUUCUUAAUGGGGUAAACAUAUUCCUAGCAUUUCAAUUGAAGUUUUCUACGCCUCUUUCUAUGCAACCACUUAUAUUUGCCUUUGCAAGUGCAACACCAAACCAGUAUCAGCUAGCAGUCCAUGACGACAAGGCAAGUGUUGUCUUCGACUUCUCUGCAGGUACUUCAUCUGUUUCCUCCUCUGCUUCCCAGCUGAAGAUGAACCAUGGGGCACUGGCUGUAUUUGGAUGGGGAGUACUCCUACCAGUAGGGGCAAUUAUCGCAAGAUAUUGCAGACAGUGGGAUCCACAGUGGUUUUAUCUUCAUUCGGUCAUUCAGUUCGUGGGAUUUCUCUUUGGGCUUGCGAGCGUGGUGGCUGGAAUUUCACUCUAUAAUAAAAUCCAUGCCAAUGUCCCAGAACACAGAGCACUUGGAAUCAUUAUCUUUGUUCUUGGAACUCUUCAGGUAAGUGCAUUUUUCUUACGGCCAAUGAAAGACGCCAAGAUCCGCAGGUACUGGAACUGGUACCAUCACGGGAUUGGGAGGCUCGUGCUCUUCCUUGGGGCAGUGAAUAUCAUUGUCGGGCUGGGAGUGGGAGGUGCACCCAAAACUGUGAAAACAGGUUAUGGGUUUAUCCUUGGCAUUAUCCUAAUCACAGUCAUUGUUUCGGAGAUGAUUUUGCGAAUCAAACGGUCCAGGAAGUCUGCUGAUCCUCCAGCCUUCCAAAUGCAUCCCACCUCAAUUGUGAGUUAGGAUACUUCAAGAUCAGAGCUCUCGACUAUCAGAAGAUGGCCCCACUUGUCAGAAUUGAAAAACACGUAUCCUGCGCAGAGCAUCGCGUUGGAUUGAGUAGUUCCAUUUGCUAGUCCUCCGGACCACCGGAAAGAUGCCUUUCCUCUCUCUUCCGUCUG